UCCAGGUUCAAGCAAGCCUAUUGUUUACUACUCAGCGGAUUUUCUAUGUCAGUCGUUACAGUUUAUAUAAUGAACGUUUAUUUUUAUAAAAAUGUUUUGAAAUUUAAUCGAUUUGAUGAAGAGUUUCAAAUUCAAUCAACAAAUAAGAAUCCUGGUCAUGAAGAUAUAGAAUUAAAAGAACUAUUGAAAGACCAAAUAACGAUAUCAGAAAAAGUGAAUUCUUGUAAAUGGCCUCCCGUUGGAUUGUACGGAAGAGAGUUUUUGAAUAAAACUGUUAUUCCAUAUGAUAAACUAGCCCGUAUUUAUUCCUUUAUGAAAAAAGGUCAUCAUAUACCAAGUUGUCGACCUUAUCAAAAAGUAGCAAUAAUUGUACCAUACAGAAAUAGAGAACAGCAGCUUCAUAUUUUCUUUAAUAAUGUUCUGCCACGAAUAUAUCGACAAAAACAAGAAUUUGGAAUAUAUCUUGUAGAACAGGCAGAUGACCAUCCAUUUAACAGAGGAAUGUUAUCAAAUAUUGGAUAUGAGCAUGCAAUGCAAGAUGAUAUGUAUUCGUAUGAUUGCAUUGUAAUCCAUGACGUUGAUAUGCUACCGGAAGACGACAGAAAUUUGUAUUUCUGUAACGAUACAGUAGCUUACCAUUUAGCUGGUAAAAUGGAGAGGAAAAAUUACAGCAUGAUCUAUCCUGGUUUUUUUGGUGGCAUCUCUUCGGUAUCAACGGAACAGUAUAAAAAGUGUAAUGGUUUUUCGAAUGCUUUUUUUGGAUGGGGAGCAGAGGAUGACGAUUUUAAAAGAAGAUUAAACAAUGCUGGGUUCCUUAUCAGCAGACCGUUAGAAAAGUUUUCUCACUGUGGUGAUGUUGAGCAUAUAAAAGCAGAACCAGCAAAGCAGAGGUUUAAAGUGUAUCGAAAAGUCGGAGGAACAUGGAAGUAUGAAGGAUUGAAUAGCCUGCAAUAUCAGCUGAUAAAAAAAGAAAGGAAGCAGUUGUAUGUCUGGAUUUAUGUCAAGACUAAAUAUGUGAUAGUAUAAAUGGACUAUUACAGCACAUUUUAAAAGAAUGAUAUCGAUAUAAACAAAACAAGAUAUUUACUUUCAAAUUAUUUACACAUAAUGAUUGUUUAACAUAAUUAUAUCUGUGGUGGCGGGUGCUUAUGAUGUCGUCACGUGGGACAUGUUUUUAACAAUGGAAAUAUAUAGGCGAUUGGCAUUAGCCAUACAAGUUAUGUUUAAUGCACCCGCCUAAUACAAGACUUAAUAAUAUACCAUUCGGAAGCAUACCAUCUGUUAUAUCUUUUUUACCCUAUGGUCAAAUAUACCUAUGUUGCAAUUCUGUUAAAUCAAUAUCAAAGGUUAAGGACCUCACUUACUUUUCAUGAUUUCAGCAGUUUUGUAAAUAAUGUCUGCUGAAUUCACAUACACAAAACAUAACACUUUAAAUUGUAAUACGCUUUCACAAUGAAAUGGAAUAUUUAGUGUUACCUCAGCUGCGUUGAAGAUCCAUUGGUGGCCUUCGGCUAAUGUCUGCCCUUUGGUCGGGUUGUCGUCUCUUUGACACUAUCCCCAUUUUCAAUUUUACCCAUCAUCAUGCUCGUGGUUGCAAAGCUUCAUUACUUUGAAUUAGGAUCACACAUUCGUGAUUACGCAGAAGUUAAUUUUGUUGUUUAUCCAAUAUUAUCAUUGGUUUACUAUACAGUCAUCUCAGUACCAGAAUCUAUGACAAACGAGGCGAUUUUAAUUUUGAAAUUAUCAAUUUCCUUCACCUUAGAAGCAAUAUACCAACUUCACCUGCAUAUGGGAUAUAUAUUCCCUAACGUAUUCGGCAUUCAAGAGCAUUGCAGCUCCUACUAGGACUUUGUAAAACGUCACCAGUGACUAAGCAAAAUGUUUAUGAUCAGGCGUAUGUCAAGGAACGUCUCCUCCUUUUUCUAAAAAAAAAAUCAUCGGAAGGUACCAGGACCUGGUUGAUAAAUAUCCAAUAUCAA